AUGGACACAAGUGAUUCUUCAGAUGAUGAAAAAGGUUUAGUUGGAGGCAAGAAGUCCAAAUUAAAAAUUGUCGAUGUAGCUGAAAAUGAUGAACAUUCUUCAACUGAAGACAAAGAUGUAAAAGAGCCAGUUAAAGGUUCAAUUAAAAAGAAUCGAAAGAAGAAAUCAGCUGAUACGAAACGCAAACAAACUCGACCAAAAACAACAAAUACGAGUGGAAAAUCACGAAAGAAAACUGUUCAUACAGGUUUAAAUGGAAGUUAUUGGAAUGUUGUUCAAGUUGAUCGUCAUGUUCAUACAACUACAUUCGGUCGAAGUCAAUUCGAUGAUGAUGAUGAUGAUGAUACAACAUCAUUAUCAGAAAAAUCAGCCCAUGAAAAACUAGAUACAUUAUUAGCAUCUACAUCAUCAUCAUCGUCAUCAUCAUCGAAUGAUUUGCGAACACUUUUAUAUACAAAUAAAACAUUUAUAACAUGUCGAAGUCCAGCUGAUGCUUUUUUUCUUUGUCAAGUUUUACAAGAUGUUUAUAAUGAUACAAAAAGAAUUCGUAUUCGUUGGUGUUCAUUAGCUGAUGAAAAUGGUGAUGAAACAAAAGUUGAUGAAAAUACACGUUUUAAAUUAGAUUAUGAAGAUACACUUGAUCUAAAUACUAUAUUAACUGGUAUAGCAAAUGUUAUUCAUCAUUCGGAUAAAACAAUAUCAUUAAAAAAACAAGAUAUUAUUGAAACAAAACGUGUAUUAGAAAGAUCAAUUAAAGGUGAAACGAUUUCAUCUGAUGAACCAAUGGAUUUAACGAAAGAACACAAUAAGAAAACGCUCGAACAGAUUCAAGCCAAUUCAAGUGAUAAUGAUAGUUUAACUAUUAGAGAAUCAACACCAAAAGCAAAAAAACGAAAAAUUUCACCAGAUAAUUCACGUAAACAACCAGUCAAGAAACGAACAAGAAAAAUAAGUGGUGAAGCUGCUCCAAUAAAAAAACGACGACGAACAAAAGAUAUCAAUGAAAUAACUGAAGGUGAAAAACCAGCUAAAAAAACAGCAACGAAACCUAUUACAACAGCAAAAGCACAAUUAUUUAAAGUACAUAGUAAUCGUUUAUUAAAAGAAAAUUUAGGAAUAAUUAAUUAUCGAAAAGAUCCAUUUUUCGAAGAUACUUUAUCUGUACCUUUUAUUUCUUCAAUCGUUCAAAGUAAAUUAGCUAUUCGAGCUGUACUUAUUAAUGAUUCAAAAUUAUUGAAAACUUUAAUUGAUGAUGUUGAUCAUGUUUGUUCGGUACAUGUAAAGCGUAGUCUUCAUAAUGAUCUAGCAGCUAUUCACUAUGCAAUUAAAAAUGAUAACAUUGAAAUGCUUAAAAUUUUAAUUGAAGAUUUAAAAACACCGAAAACAGAUCGAUGUCCUUUUCCAACGGUUUCAAUGACAACACAAAGCACUGGAAGUGCAAAAAUUUAUACAUUUGGUUUUCGAACUGCUCCAAUCAUGGCAGGUCGAGGCGUUAAAGAAGGCAAUAAUGCAUUAAAUAAAGAUGACAUGAGCGCAUAUUCAAAAUCUGAUAGUAGUGAAAUAGUAGAAUAUGCAAUAAAAAAUAAUUGUUCACGACAAAUCUAUGAUUUACUUUCUGAAGCAUUUCCUGAUGCACGUAAUGAAGUUUAUGAAAAAGUUUUUCAAAUAGUUCGUUCUGGUUAUCGAAAAUUAGCUGCAAGUAUUAUUGGUGAAAUAAAAGAUAAUGCCUUUUAUGGGUUUAAUUAUCUUCAUCAUCAAGUUUUACUCUUUGAAAAUGAAGAUUUAACAAUAAAUCGUGCAGCAAGUGUUACUAAAAAAACAAGAGAUAAUUUUCAAUUGACACCAAUACAUUGUGCAGCCAUUAAUCCAAAUUCAAAAUAUUUAAAACAAUUAUUAAAUAUUAUGCCUGAAUAUAAUAUUCUUGAUAAAUAUGAACGACGACCAAUACAUUUUGCUGCUGCAUGCGAAGGACCUGAACCACUUGAAUAUCUUUUAUCAAAACAAGUUAAUUUUAAUGAUGUUGAUCGUGGUGGUAAUUCUCCUUUACAUAUUGCUGUAAUGAAUGGUCGAGCAAUAAAUGCUGAAAUUCUUUUACGUACAGCAAAAGAAAAAGCUGAAUCAAAUGAUUCAGAAGAUCAAGUAGUUCAUCAAAAAUUUGGUCUUGCAUCAAUUAAUCGUAUGAAUAAAUCACGAUUUUAUCCACUUCAUUUAGCUGUACUUAAUGAUCAUUUGGAAUGUGUCAAAGUUUUACUUGAAUUUGGUGCUAAUGUUGAUGUAUUAACAAGUACAUCUUCAGGAAAAUUAACAUCAUUGAUGUUAGCAUGUCAAAAAGGUUACUUUAAAAUAGUUAAAUACUUAAUUGAAAAUAAUGCAAAAGUUGAAGCUCGUGAUCGUUUUAAACGUACACCACUUAUUCAUGCUUGUAUGUGUGGUAAUGCACAUAUUGUUUCAUAUUUAUUACGUAUGGGUGCAAAUGCAAGUGCAUUUGAUUCAUCAUUAAAUACAGCAUUACAUUAUGCUAUUGCUUAUGGAUGGUAUUUUUGUGUACGUUUAUUAAUUGAAGCUGGAGCUAAUGUUAAUUGUGUUAAUUCAUGGCAAACAACUUGUUUAGCAGCAGGAUUUUUAAAAGGACAUUAUGGUCUUUGUGAUUAUCUUCUUACAGAACAUGAUAUUGACAUUAAUUUUAAAACUGAUGAUGGCUUAACAUUAGUUAUGUUAACUGUAGGUUUAGAAGUAUCAUUAUCAUCAACACAACAAUUGGAUUAUGUUGUAACAAAACAUAAAGCUGAUUGUACAUGUGUUGAUGCAAAUGGAAACAAUGCUUUUCAUUAUUUGGCAACAAAUACAUCAGGACAAAGAUCAUUUAAUAUGAAUGUUCAAGCUAAACAUACUCUUCGUGAUAAUUUUUUCAAAAUGGCUCAAAUACUUUUGGAUCAUAAAUGUGAUCCAAAUCUAAUGAAUAACAAAGCUCAAUCACCUUUAAUGAUUGCACUUGAAUCAGGAAAUUUUAUUCUUGUUGAUUAUUUAAUAAAUAUUGCUAAAAUUGAAAUAAAUGCUGAUACAAGUCAUGAUGGUAAAACUUUAUUACAUUAUUUUGCAAUUCAAUGUAAUGAAUAUGAUCUUAUUCAAACAUUACUUAAACUCCCCAUCAAUGAUGAAAUUAAAAAAAUGAGUCACAUGUUUGAUAAUACAGGUCGAACACCGUUUCAUUAUUGUGCUGCAAAAUUUAAUGAAUUUUGUCAACAAUAUAAAUCUUCACACGGUAUAGAUCAAUUAAAACAACAAUAUGAAUCAAUUUUGGGAAUUAUUGAAUAUUGUCUUGAAUCUGUUCAAUGUGAUCCUGAUGUUGAAAUAAAACCAAUGAAUGAAUUGAAUAAAUCAGAAAUCGAACAAAAUAUAGAAGAUGAAGAUGAUAAAGACGAACAAUCAAAUGAAAAUAUUCAACCUAUGGAUGAUACUAAGGAUGAAGAACAUAUUUCAAAACCUAAAGAAACAAGUAUUUUUUCUUUAUUACGUACUGUUCAAUUUAUUGAUAAUACAAUAAAACAUCCUCUUGAAAUUUUUCUUAAAAAAACAAAAAAUCUAAAUGUUCUUCAUCAUGAAACACAACGUACACCAUUAUUGCAUGCUAUUGUUCUUCAAGAAUAUAAAAUAGUACAUAUGCUUAUAAAUGAAUCAUCAUGUGAUGUUAAUUUAGCAACAUCAAUUCUUGAAAAUGAACGUCAACAAACACCAUUAAUUUUAGCAUGUAAAUUACAAUUGUUACCAAUUAUAAGAGAAUUAUUAAAUCAUAAGCAAUGUCAAAUAUUAUCAUAUGAUUAUCUUUAUAAUCAAGCAAUACAUUACUAUUUAUCUACAUCAGUUCGUUCAAAUCAGUAUAUUGAUAUAUUAAAGCUAUUUGUUGAAAAAAUUAAAUCAACAAGUAAUAGUUUAAAUAGUCCAGGAAAAUCUGAACGUACACCAUUACAUAUAGCUGUCUAUCAUAAUACAGGUGCAAUUGAUUCUACAACGGAUGUUGAAGAAAUAUUAAUUGAUAAUGGAAGUGAUUUGUUCAUAAAAGAUAAAAUUGGAAAUAUACCAUUACAUAAUGUUUUUAUUAAUAAAAAUGCUGGUAAUGAUCCUGUGGAAUUAUGUGUUAUAAUUUCUAAAGCAAUGAAAUAUAAAUUACUUGAUACAGAAAAUAAUGAAGGCAAUACACCUUUACAUUUAGCUGUUGGCAAAUGUUCUACUGUUUGUGUAAUGCUUUUACAACAACAUUCUGCUAGUUUAUUUAUUGAAAAUAAACUUUCGAAUUCAAUAAUUGGUACUUGUAUUGCAUCAGGUCAUCUUAAUUUAUUUAUUACAUUUCUUCAGCAAACUAUUGAUAUUGAUCUUGGAAAAUUAUAUAGUAUACCUACUAGUAAUUCAUCAUCAAACAAUAUCCAAGAAACAUCUCAACAUACAAGUUUAUUUUUUCAAAAAGCUAUCCAAGGACGAACAAAAUUAAAUGAACAAAAAGAGAAGUCAUUAUUAAAAAAGGAUCAUAUAGAUAUAUGGCAUUGGAAAUAUGUUGAAGUAAAAAAUGAUAAACAAUAUAUUCAACAUUCAUUAAUAUAUUUAAUAAUUCAACGUGAUUGGCAAGGUGCAUUAUCAUUAAUAUUAAAUGAACUUGAACGUUUUCAUUUAAGUUCAAUACAAAUUCUUGAAGCAGCUAUUUUAAAUAAUAAACUUAAUCUUGUUCUUCGUCUUCUUUUACGUAUAAAAGAUAAAAGUCUUUUACAUGGAAAAAAUUCUCACGAACAAAAUUUAUUUCAUUUAUUAGCUAAUAUGAAUCAAUAUGAUGAAAAUUUAUUGGAACAAAUACUUUUACAGAUUCAUGAAUAUAAUUUAGAAUGGAAUUUAGCAGAUAAAUAUGGUUCAUAUCCAAUACAUUAUGCAUGUGUUCGACAAAAUUUUAUUUUAAUUAAUUUCUUACGUGAAAAAUAUUCAAUUGAAUUUAAUUUAAAUCAAAUCGAUUCAUUUGAUAAUACAGCUAUUGGUUUGUUAUUUUGGACAAUAGCAUCAGCAACAUCAUUUCAAAAUGAAAAAAUUCGUUCAUUAAUAACAUCAAGUAAACAAUUAGAUUGUUUAUGUAAUUAUGAUAAUGAAAUAGCUAUGAAUCCAUUAUCAUUUGGUUAUAUUGAUUCAUCAAUUGAAAAAAAUCUUUAUCCACCUAUAAAAUCGGAUAAUCCUUCAACGAAUGUACGAACAUCACCAUUAAUUAAUGCAAUUAUUCAUAAUAAUUUUCAGCUUGUUAAAUUUUUACUUCAGCUUAAUGCUGAUGUUAAUUUUUCUGAUGAAGAAAAACGAACACCACUUAUGCAUGCUGUUCGUCAGAAUAAUAUUGACAUCGUUAAAUUACUUCUCAAUAAAGAUUAUUCUCCAGAACAAAAUGGCACAAUACCAACAAAUACUCUAGGUGGUCGUGGUCGUGGAGGAAAAGGUCUAGGUCGUGGUCGUGGUCGUGGAGGAAAGGGUCUAGGUAAAACUAGGCGAGAACAUCAAACAUUCUUUCUUGGUGCAACAACAACUGUUCCUGUUGUUACAAAGGAAGUGUCUAUUGAUGAUGAUGAUGAUGAUGAUGAUAAUGAUGAAACAGAUAAAUUUGAAGUAACAUCAUCAAUUGAUUUAAAUGCAAGUGAUUCUCUUGGGCGUACAUGUAUUCAUCAUUUAGUUCAACCAUUUCCGGAUGGUUCUUAUACAAGUAAUAUUAAAUUACUUCGAUUACUUCAUUCAUCAGGUGCAUCAUUAACAAAGCAUGAUCUUGCUGGUUUAUCACCAUUACAAUAUGGUGCUAUUAAUGGUUGUCAACAUUUAUGUGAUGAAUUAACAAAAUUAAUAAAUGAUCAAACAAAUGCAACUCAAGCAACAAUUGAACAUUUUUAUAUCAAUGAUCCAAAUAAAAAUCUUUUAGAGUCACUAGAUUUUUAUUCUGAUGCACAACAAUUCAUUGAUAAAUAUAUAUCUAAACAUCCAUUACGUAAACAAAAUACUGCUUAUGAAGUUGAUAAAUUAUCUGGUAUGAAUGUAACAGGUGAAGUUUUAAUUGAUACUGAUAAAAAUGAACCAUAUGAUGUACGUCUGACAAAAAUAGAUGUUAGUUAUGGUACACAUGGUUUAUAUAAUUUUUAUCGUAUGCAGAUAAUAAAACAUAAAAGUAAAAAUAAUUUAUAUUUUCUUUUUACACGUUGGGGACGUAUUGGAGAUGAUGGUCAAUAUCAAUUAACACCAUAUUCAACAUUAGAUGAAUGUCGUAAAGAAUUUUUAAAAGUAUUUCGUGAAAAAACUGGUAAUGCAUGGAAAGAUACAAAUCAAUUUGAAGUCAAACCUAAAAAAUAUACAUUAAUUAAAUUAAAUGAACGUGAACGAUAUAAAUAUUCAAAUGUACCAAUUAAUUUUAAUCGUUUACAAUCUGAACAAAUACAUUCACCAUCGAAGCUUCAAUCAUCUGUAUUUAAAUAUUUUCUUAAAACAUUAAUUAAUCCUCAAGCUAUUCGAAUGAAUAUUGAUAAAACACAAUUAGAUGUUGAAUGGAUGCCUGUAUCACAAUUAAAUCGCGAAACAUUACAUAAAGCACGUGAUUUAUUAAUUCAAAUAAAGAAAAACCUUGAAAAAGUACAAGAAUUAAAUUUAGAAAUGCAACGUACAAAAUCAAUUGAACAACAAAAUGAAUUAAAAUUAGUUUUAGAAAUCAUUUAUAAAUGUACCAAUGAAUUUUAUUCAAUAAUACCAUUACGCGGUUAUGCUGAUGAAAAAUUACCAAUUAUUGAUAAUGAAGCAAUCUUAAGACAAAAAGAAAAAAUUAUUUAUGAUUUACUUGAACUUGAAUUAUCGUAUAAAAUAUUUUUAGGUGCACAAGCUAAUUUAAAAAAUAUUUCACCAUUAGAUUAUUUAUAUAAAUCAAUGAAUUGUCAAUUUGAAGCUAUGAAUAAAGAUGAUAUUGAUUCACAAUUAAUUUUACGUUAUAUAUGGGCUAGUACAACAAAUAUUAAAGUUGAACAAAUAUUUAAAAUUGCACGUCCAAAUGAAGAUGCACGAUUAUUUAAAUCUAAUCUUGAUAAUCAUUAUUUAUUAUGGCACGGUACUAGUAUUUGUAAUUUAAUUAGUGUACUUAAUAGAGGUCUUCUUGUUGGACCUUUGGAUGCAACAGCGACUGGAAGCUUAUUUGGAAAGGGCAUUUACACAGCAGAUUCGUUUGCAAAAAGUCUUGGUUAUUGUUCAGGUAUAACACAGAAUGAUGGUGAACGUUGUUUUAUGAUAUUAUGUGAAGUUGCUUUGGGUAAAAUAAAAGAAGUUGGUUUUAAUAAUAAUGGUGACGACAAUACAAAACAACUUGAUUUAAGCGAAUUUCAAAGUCGUAAAGGUGUCGGUCGAAAUAUACCUGAUCCCCGAUAUACAAUUACUCGAAAUUAUGGUGUACGUAUGCCCCUCGGUAAAUUAAUUGGCAACCCAGACUUAAAAUUUGGCUAUAGCGGUCUUCAUUAUAAUGAAUAUAUUGUCUACGAUGAAUCACAAGUAGCUCUACGUUAUCUUGUGCAAUUUCGUCGUUAA